AAAGCGAUUCCACGACACGAAACGCCCACGCCCCGUCCCUCCAAUUCCCACGUCUGAGCGUCUCUCUCUCCUCUCUCUCCUCUCUGGGCCCGGUCGAGGAAGACGACGACGACGACGACGAAGACGACGAUCCCCAUUUCCCUCCUUCGCGCUCCCUCCCAUUUUGAAAACCCUAACCCCGAAUUUCGAACUCGGUGGCGGGAGAUUCGGUGGUGGUGGUGGGGGAUUUGACUCCCUCUCCUCUCCUUUUGUACGAUCUCUUCUUUGCUGAGGAGGUGGAAUUGGGUGUAGCGAGAGAGAGAGGGGAGAAGGGAGAAGGGGGAGGAGUAGGGGAUUGGGGGAGUGGGGAUGGGGGUUUCGGAUAACACCAAGGGCCUCAUCCUCGCCGUGGUGUCGAGCGCCUUCAUCGGGGCGAGCUUCAUCCUCAAGAAGAAGGGGCUCAAGCGCGCCGGCAAAUCCGGGACUCGCGCAGGUGUUGGAGGAUACACAUACCUACUAGAGCCACUAUGGUGGGCUGGAAUGAUUACCAUGCUGGUUGGUGAGGUGGCAAACUUUGUUGCUUAUGUUUUUGCUCCAGCAGUUCUUGUAACUCCUCUUGGUGCAUUGAGUAUUAUUGUAAGUGCUGUUUUGGCCCACUUCAUGCUGAAGGAACGGUUACAAAAACUUGGUGUGCUGGGGUGUGUAUCUUGCAUAGUUGGUUCAGUUGUUAUUGUGAUUCAUGCACCACAAGAGCACACACCAAGUUCGGUGGAAGAAAUAUGGAAGCUGGCCACUCAACCUGCAUUUCUAGUAUAUGCAACGGCCACAUUAGCAUUUGUAGUGGCAUUGAUAGUACAUUUUGAACCCCGCUAUGGGCAGACAAACAUCUUGAUUUAUCUAGGGAUCUGUUCCUUAAUGGGUUCAUUGACGGUAGUUAGCAUAAAGGCUAUUGGAAUUGCUAUAAAACUUACAUUGGAAGGGAUAAGUCAGGUUGCUUAUCCCCAGACAUGGGUCUUUGUCACAGUUGCCAUCGUCUGUGUCGUCUCUCAAUUAAAUUAUCUGAACAAGGCAUUGGAUACCUUCAAUACAGCAAUUGUUUCCCCUAUUUACUAUGUCAUGUUUACCACCCUCACAAUAGUAGCAAGUACAAUAAUGUUCAAGGAUUGGUAUGGUCAAAAUGUAAGCAGCAUAGCCUCUGAAUUCUGUGGGCUUAUAACAAUCAUUUCUGGGACAAUCCUGUUGCACACAGCUAGAGAACAGGAGGUUGCUUCUGCAGCAGCUUCCAUAUCUUGGUAUAUCAGUAUUGCCAGCGAAGAUCCACUGAAGAAUAUCGACGAUGACUAUUUUGUAACAUUUCAAAGUUCAGUUUGAUAUUUUAGCUGGAGAGUUCGCAUGGAAUAAUUCAUCGACUUCGCCUUAGUAGGGUUUCAUUGAGGUUUCCUUCCUCUUUUUUUUUUUUAAACCUGGAGUGCUGUGCUGUUUCGAAGAAGGAAGAGAAUAGAGUCUCUCAGUGGAAUGAAAGAUGAAGGGAAUCAGGGAUCCAACAAGCCAAUGCUUAGUGUUUUGGCGGUUUUGC